GGCGGGGCGGGGCAAGCCACUUCCGGUUGGGUCCAGAAAGUUGAGCUGAAGGAGGGGCAGAAAGAAGGAGGAGGAGGAAGAGGAAGAGGAAGAGAGAGCCUGGGCGGUGGCAGCGGCGGCGGCUGUAGUAGCUUCCCCAGCAGCAGCAGCGGCGGCAGCUAGCCCAGCUGAAGACGGAGAGAGGCAGGCAGGCGGCGUUAGUUCUCUCCGGGGCUCACAAUGGACAGCCAGGGCAGGAAGGUGGUGGUGUGUGACAACGGCACCGGGUUUGUCAAAUGUGGCUAUGCAGGCUCUAAUUUUCCAGAACACAUCUUUCCAGCUUUGGUUGGAAGACCUAUUAUCAGAUCAACCACCAAAGUGGGAAACAUUGAAAUCAAGGAUCUUAUGGUUGGUGAUGAGGCAAGUGAAUUGCGAUCAAUGUUAGAAGUUAACUAUCCUAUGGAAAAUGGCAUAGUUCGAAAUUGGGAUGAUAUGAAGCAUCUGUGGGACUAUACAUUUGGACCAGAAAAACUUAACAUAGAUACCAGAAACUGUAAAAUCUUGCUUACGGAGCCUCCCAUGAACCCAACAAAAAACAGAGAGAAGAUUGUGGAGGUCAUGUUUGAGACUUACCAGUUUUCUGGUGUAUAUGUAGCCAUCCAGGCUGUUCUUACUUUGUAUGCUCAAGGUUUAUUGACUGGUGUUGUUGUGGACUCUGGUGAUGGUGUAACUCACAUAUGUCCAGUAUAUGAAGGCUUUUCUCUUCCUCACCUUACCAGAAGACUGGAUAUUGCUGGGAGGGAUAUUACCAGGUACCUUAUCAAGCUGCUUCUGCUUCGGGGAUAUGCCUUCAACCAUUCUGCUGAUUUUGAAACUGUUCGCAUGAUUAAAGAAAAACUGUGCUAUGUGGGGUAUAAUAUUGAACAGGAGCAGAAACUGGCCCUAGAAACCACAGUGUUAGUUGAAUCUUAUACACUCCCAGAUGGCCGAAUUAUCAAAGUUGGUGGAGAGAGGUUUGAAGCACCUGAAGCUUUAUUUCAACCUCAUUUGAUUAAUGUGGAAGGAGUAGGUGUUGCCGAAUUGCUUUUUAACACAAUCCAGGCUGCUGAUAUUGACACCAGAUCUGAAUUUUAUAAGCACAUUGUGCUUUCUGGAGGAUCUACUAUGUACCCUGGCCUGCCGUCUCGUUUGGAACGAGAACUUAAACAACUGUACCUAGAACGAGUUUUAAAGGGGGAUGUGGAAAAACUUUCGAAAUUUAAGAUCCGCAUUGAGGACCCACCUCGCCGAAAGCACAUGGUGUUUCUGGGUGGUGCAGUUCUGGCAGACAUCAUGAAGGACAAAGACAACUUUUGGAUGACCAGACAAGAAUACCAGGAAAAGGGUGUUCGUGUGCUGGAGAAACUUGGUGUGACUGUUCGAUAAACUCAGAGCUUGUUCCCAUCACAUCUUUAAAGCUUUCUUUUUUUUCCCUUUUAUUGCCAAUCUUUGAACUCAUUCAGCUACAUGACAUGGAAAAGGCCUCUCUGUGCCCUUUGACUCGAAAGGUCAGGUUUUGUUCUGAUUUCUCUGGGAAGCUUUGUUAAGUGUUGGUUAAUGUGGCUAAAUUUGACUAUUUAAUUUGACCACUUCCCUACAAACAAAACAUGAGAGCUAAGGGGCCUGUCUGUUGCAUUGUUCCUUCUCUGUAGGCAUUUGGAUAAUUCCUGUAGGCAUUUUAUUUUCAGUUUACUGCUAUAAUGCUGCUAGCUUUUGUCUUUAGCACACCAGGUGGUUUGCCUUUCUUCGCUUAAGAAAAACUUUUACAGCAGCUUUUAUAUCCCAUUACUUUUGUGGGGGAGUUACCUUUGCACCCUUUGUAGCCUUUCUUCCAUAGUAUGUAGCUUUAAGCUAUCACUGCUACUACUAUAAAUACCUUAAAGCCUUCCAUGUUAAUGUUUUGGGGAAAUAUCUGGCUGUGAACUAAAAUGUUAAAGUUCUUCCCCCCUUUCCUCCCGGGGUUAGUGGGAUGUCAGGGUGGAAUUGAGUUGAGAGGUAUUGUGUUUUGAUUUUUGAGCUGUACAUCUUUUCUGUGAUUAUAUAGGGUGAACUUUAUUUACAUUACUUUUAUUUUGUAGGUUUUCUAUUUUAAUUUUGGUAUACAUUUCCAUACAAAAAGCAAGGGUAGAAUAUCUAAUCCAUUUCCAUAUGGUUUAACCCUAGCUUAAAAAAAGUGAAAAACAACUCUAAACCAUCAUCAUCCUGGGACUGGUUCCCUAAAAUUUCUCAAUUGAAAGAUGCUUUUAGUAAUUCUAAGUACAGAGAAAAGCAUUACUUUAAAAACUGAAUUGUAAAAUUGGUCAUUUUUAAAAGUGCUUCUGUUUAUUUCUGAAGCACUUAAAUUAAAAUUUUGCAAUGGCAGUAACCUAGUGCCAAGUACUGUUCUUAAAAAGUGGAGAUUUCCUGUAACUGACCAGUGCUGAUAUAAAUAAAACAAGCAGAUAUGGUCACUGGCAGUAAUUAAGAAGAGAUACCUCUCCUUGUUGGAUUAAAAAAAUAACAUUGGGUUAUGGGACUUGUUGCCAGUUGAUAAAUACUCAUUCACAAGUCAUUUUUGCUUGUCUUGAUUUGAUACUGGGAAGGGGGCAGGGUGAAAUUCAAUUGUUUGAAAUGUUGUUUACAAAAGAAAAAUCAAGAUUAAAAAUGAAAAAAAUAAUUGUAGCUGCUAACUAUCAUCCAUUUUUUAUGCUUGAGAGAAGAGUUGCUGUUCUAUGUAAAUGCGUAGCAGGCUGCUGCCUAUGCUACAUCAUCUGUAUAAAACGACAUGGUGGUUCUUAGUAUUUAUUGGAAAUAUCAAGUAAUGUCAUGCAGAUGAAGUUCUUUCCAAAUCUGUUGAAUAAAGUAACAGGAAAUUGUAUCACUGAGUGAAAAAAUGAGGAUUUUGAAGACCCAGAGCCUUAUUCCAGAAGCAAAAUUCAUUCCCUAAUAGUGAUGUUUAAAGAUGGGAUAAAGGGGACUGGACCUAUGAUUCCAUUGGAUGGGGAACUCUCUUGGGUGAAGAUCCCCGGUCUGCCUAUGGCAACUUAGGAGAGUUGUCUAGAGAAUGAAAGGUUUUAGUGACUUCUGCAGAAUCACACAGAUGUAUCAGAGGCAUGAUGAGAACCCCCAGGCCUCCUGGCUUUGAGGCUGUAUGCCAUGCUGCCUUUCAUUUCUUUUAACCAAAAAAAAAAAAGCUUUUUUCCUUUUUCCCUCUUUUGGGCUGACUAAAAUAAAAAAAAUUGGCUUAGUUCUUCUAUAUUUAUGAAAACUUAAGCAAAAUCUUCUGUUUAAAUGAAACAAGUACAAAAAAGAGGUGAGUUAUGCAGCCGAUAUUUUGAUAAUGGUGAUUAACUUAUGUUUACCCUUAGCUUGGAAAAAGGCAAACUUGCAGGCAUGCUGGAUGUGCUUUUCAGUACCUUCACAUAGCAGUAGGUAAUAAAUUUUAGCAGUAUUGAUGUGAAGUAUUUGAGAUUCCUAAAGUCUUAUAAAUGGACUUCAUUAGGGUGGGAUACUCAUAAAUACAGCACUGUCUUGAGCACUGGCCAUGUCAGAGGAUCCACAUUUAGGAGAAGUACUGGUUGCUGUUCUCAACAUUAAUGGAAUAACUCUCUUGACCUUCGGACAGUAGUGAAUCCGUGGAAUAAAUAAACAAAAUGAAUGUUCUAUUUAAAAAAUUAUUCCUUUGAAUUUUGAAUUGAAAAUUGUUAUCAUAAUACUUCGAGUUAAAAUAAUACUUAAUGAUUAAUCCCUAUCUACAUAUAUUACAAAAUACCGUUUUAAAAUCUGAUUCUCAUGAGUUGAAUGAGUACACUUAGAAAUGUCUUUUUGGGUGUCUCUGUUUAGUUGAUGUCUUUGUUGUGUCAGAUAAGGUUCCCACAGGGAAGUUUCCAACUGCUCCCACAGCUUAAAACAGAAUGCUGCUGUGAAAGAGAACUGGUUUUGUCUUCUAAAGACCACAGUCGCUCAAAUUUAUAAUUAUGAUGCUUUAAUUUGAUUUUUUUUAUCUAGAAUUUGCUUACGUCUUUGACAGUUAAAGGGUUUCUUGGGGUUACAUCCUACUUUUAAACAUUGAUCUGCUUUAAAAUCACACCAAACCUUGGCAUUUAGGAUGUUAACCCAAGUAAACUAAUAGUACAAAAGCAUUAUUAUAGUUCUGAGCAAUGUUAAAAUAUCUGGAAAGCCAUUUGAGAAACUGUCAAUGAAUAUUUCAAUAGAGUUUUAAAUUUAAUUUGAGCACAGGCCUUUUUUAUUAAAAAAUAAAAUCAAAUUUUUCAGAG